CAGGCAAGCUACUAGCUAAAUUUUGAUCACUCAUAUUUAACAAAAGUCACAAUCGAUACAUACACUAUAGUGCUAUAUGGAUCACCAACACACAUUACAAUUGAAUGGUUCAAAAUUACCUUCAUUCAUGUGCAGUGGUUGCAAAGAGCUAGGUUUUGGAUCUAGUUACAACUGUGAAAACAACAGUUGCAAUUACAUCCUCCAUAAAGAAUGUGUAGAACAUGUUGAACAUGCUGUUCAUCCAUUUUUCAAAAAUUGCAAUUUCGAGUUUCGUGAGAAAGCAGAGGAAGGUGGAUUUUGUGAUGCUUGUGGAAAAGAUUUGUUAGGAUUUUACUACCAUUCAAAAAAAGGUUUUUUCAACCGUUUGUUCGGAGGAACAAGAUAUUCUCUACAUCCUUGUUGUUUGAAUCUCGAAGAAAAUAUUUUGAAUGAUGAUGGAAACGUGAUAAUGACAUUGUCUCAUGAAGUUCCAUCAGAUUGUUAUCAUUGUAAGCAAAAGCAUGUUGUGAGAAACCAAUUUGAAGGUUGGUCAUAUGUUGUUAAUUCUGAUGGACAGUCUUGUGUUCAUGUUUCAUGUUUCAAGGAUAUGAUUCUUGAAAAUUUGAAAAAAAGAUCAAAAAGAGGGAGAAUGCGUUCUUUCAUGAAAUUUACCGGCAAGUUAGUGGUGAACAUAGUGAUCGAUUUAAUUACAGGAGAUAUUACUAAUUCUAUCUCUACCAUUGUGGAAGCCCUCGCUAGCUCAAGUGAUUAAUAAGUUUUUUUAUGACGGAUCGUUCGGGGAGAACUUGUGUUAUAUUCUUGGUAGAACACUUCUUAGCCAAAAAAAAUUAAAUGAAUCUCAUUAUAUCAUGUGAAUGUCAUAUAAUUUAUUGAGAAUAUAUAUGAAUCUCAAUUGAUGGUAGAUGUUUUUUAAUUAUUUUAACUUUUUAAAUAAAAGUGUGUUAUAGAUUCUUUUGUUAGCAUUUCUUUUUGUAGUCUUUUUUAGUGUGGUUGUAUAGUAUGGUGUCUAACUUGUAGUCGUGUUUUGGGAUUAAUAUAUGCAAUAGCAAGUUUUCACAUAAUUUUCAU